AGGCGGAGGGUGACGAAAACAAGCUUUUGUUUUGAUAUGACGUAGGUAAAGCCUGGACACCCACAAUGCAUCACGGCGCGCGAAACUCAAGAUAGGUAAAUAGUUAGCGAUAGCGUAUAGCUCACAGAAUAAAGAAAAUGAGCAAAAAAGACAACGGAGGUUUAACAGUCAUAUUUGCUUACCUGAACGAGAAGAACCGUCCUUACAGUGCCCAAGAUGUCUUUAACAAUUUACAGAAGCAGCACGGCCUGGGAAAGACGGCUGUGGUUAAAGCCAUGGAGCAGUUGGCACUGGAAGGGAAGAUCAAAGAGAAAACCUAUGGGAAGCAAAAGAUCUACUUUGCUGAUCAGGCCCAGUUUGCAGAGGUGAGUGAGGCAGAUCUGAAGGCCAUCGACAGUCGCAUCUCUGACCUCAGCACACAGGUGCAGGCUCUUUCUCAGGGCUGCAGACAGCUGGACGCAGAGAUGAAGGAGCUCAACAGCUCCCUGACCACAGAGGAAAUGAUGUCAGAAAUCAAAGAGCUGAAAGCAGAGUGUUCUGGUUACAGGGAGCACCUGGAGAAGAUCAAGUCGGUGACCAAUCAUGUCACACCAGAGCAGAAGGAGAUGGUUUACAAGGAGAGACAUCUCUACGUGAAAGAGUGGAAGAAGAGGAAGAGACUGGCAUCUGACAUGAUGGGUUCCAUUUUGGAGGGAUACCCCAAGACCAAGAAGCAAUUUCUGGAAGAAGUUGGUGUGGAGACUGAUGAGGACUGUAAAGUGACUAUGCCAAGUACCUGACAGAAUGUUGGAGGAUCUUUGUUUACUUUUGACUUGAAUGUCAAUUCCGAGGGAGUGUUAUGCCAUCAAAACUCAUUUCAGGAGUAACUAAUUACUAUUUGUAAUGUUUUGUAAUAAAAUACCUUGUGCAGGUGUAUACUUUAAAGUUUAUUUUGCAAUUAAAAAUCAUUCAUAUGAAAUACUUUCAUCAAAUUCUUGUCCAAAUCAGCAAAAAAUAUGUAACAGUAGACCUGAUUGAUUUAUACCAGCACAAAGACUUGUCGUAUAAAAUCCCUUUUUUAAAGUCUGGUAAUUACACAGAUUAAACAUUCACAUCUGUUAGGUUUACCAGAAGGUCCUGAAACAUUUGGUACAGGUUCUCCUGAGCACAUUGUCAAAAUCAAUCACCAAAUUCUUCACAUUAAAUUUUUACAUGAUUGACUGUUUGAGGCCAGAAUUCAAUCAGAUCUCUGGCAACCUGCAUCAGCCGACAAACACAUUGCUUUUUUUUUGUUUAGGUGGUGUAACUGUUGAAGCUGUCAAAUUGGUAAGCGGCUGCUCUUGUGGUCGUUGUCAUGAAACCACACCCGUCCUUAUAUCCCAGCCACCUUACAAGUUCAGAACAAGAAAGUGGCGGCUAUAUA